AUGUUCCUCAAAAAGCCAGACUUGACUGCUGGCUCUCGCCCCGACCUGUCGCAAGAUGAGGUCCUUUUAUUUGUGCAGGACGGGGUUGGACUGUAUGAAGGGAAAGUUGGACCAAAAUACAAGAUUGAUUCUUGCCAAAAAGGGCACGCGUACCUGACGUCCCAUCGCAUAUGCUAUGUCGACGAUGCAGAACCGCGCGCCAACUCAUGGGCGAUUGAUUUGAAAGAUGUCGAUAGGCAUGAGUUUCAGGCUGGGUUUCUCAGAUCAUCGCCUAAGGUCACCUUUUUUCCUAAGCCGCUUAAAAGAGGGUUUGGCUCGAUAAGCAGAACUGCCACGCCGCAAUCGCCGCAUCUCCAGAGGGUCGUUUCUUCUUCAACACCUACUUCACGGUCUGCGAGUCCGCUCCGCCCUCAAUCGGUCGCAGCGCCACCUGCGGCAGUGGUAGGCGGGACUUGGGUAUGUCCCAUCUGCUCUUUCUCCAAUCCUGUGCCCUCGAAUUUUGAUCCUACCAUCGCUACGGAGGCUUUCCCGCUGCCGCCCUGCCUGGCCUGCGGCAUCAAGCCUCCAUUCUCCACGGUGCUGAAAGCGGCUGUCGUCGCCAAUGCGAAACGAACGCCUGUUCCGCCAUCAGAAUCGAUCAACCUGACGAGGGACUCGCUGACGAAGUCCUAUGGAGGUCAAGAUUCUGCAGAAAGCAUUACUUGCCCCAGAUGCACCUUUCACAAUCAUCGUUGGCUCCGCGAGUGCGAACUGUGCUCUGCUCCGCUACCGACUCCAAACACACUUCAACGAGCCGGGUUGGAGGGACCAAUUGCUCGGGCCGAGUCACCAGGGCCAGAGAUAUCAGCUCUCACACUCGGAGACGAGCAUGAAAGUCCGAGCGUCAAGAUUUCUUUCAGGAACGGGGGCGAUCGAGUGUUCUAUGAGCGGUUAAAAAACGCAAUGAUACAAAGAAAGUGGUUGCUGCAGAACGCCCCACCAAUUCCCAGGGCUGAUAGCCCGCGUGCUUCGACGCCCUUCAGCACUGCGGGGCCAGCACCAUCCGAGCCACGAAAAACAGCUGUGGGCAUCGCUGGUCUUGAGCAGCGGGGCCUACAGACUCGUAAGAUUAAUGAAGCUGUUUUGGGAAAUGCCUUUGAGGAUUUAGAAGCUUUGAUGGCGUCAGCUAAGGAUGUGGUGGCCCUCGCUGAACGAUUUGCGCAAGAGUCGGGAGCUGGUUUAGGUCUCCCAGGCGUCGUUUCGGACCCUCUUCUUUCUCAAUCGGCCGCCGCGCUCGGCAUGGUGGCGACAAAAGACAUGGUGGGUGAUAGCUCGAAUACACUUUACAUCUCAGAGUUAGCACGAAAUCUGGCGGAAUUUGCCAUGGAUGACAGACGGGGCAUACUGCGGCACCAAGGCGGCACAAUGAGCCUUGUCGAUCUCUGGGCCAUAUUCAAUAGGAGUCAAAAUGGCGUGGAACUGGUUAGCCCAUCUGACUUCCACAAGGCUGCUGAAGCGUGGGACAAGUUGGGACUUCCUAUAAAGCUACGACGAUUCAAAAGUGGAUUGCUGGUGGUCCAGUACGGGAGCGCAACUGACGAGAGGACGAUCAGUCAGCUGAAGGCAUGGCUGGAGUCGUUCAAGCGGCAUGCAGCAGAUAUACCUGAGCUGUGGGAUCGGUUAACGUUUGGCAUCGGAGUUACAGCACAGCAAGCAGCAGCACAGUUUGGCUGGAGUCUUGGUGUUGCCAGCGAAGAACUUGAAAUGGCAGAGGAAAGAGAAGCACUGUGCCGCGAAGAGAGCGUGGAAGGCUUGAAAUUCUGGCUGAAUUUCUUGGUCGAUGAGGAUGAGUAG